CAUGAUCGUCUGCCGAAAAUGGAAGAAGUUGACAGAAUUAUUAUCCAUUCAUUGAGGACUUUAAAAUGCUCCAUUGACGACGAUGUUACAAAUCUCAAACAGUUUACUACUGAUGUAAUUGUGUCCGCAGCAGCUAAGUGCUUGAAAGCUAUCAACAAUGCACUUGAUCUGCCCAAUAAAUUGCCGGCAGGUAUGUCGGCACGCUACAGAAUUGGAACUGCAUUGGCACAUCAUAUCCAGGAAUUGGGAUAUCAAGGAGAAAUUGGAUACCAGACAUUCCUCUAUUCCAAUGAAACUGAUAUCAGAAAAAUCUUUAUUUUUCUCAUUGAGAAACUUCCUAAAGAAAGUGUUGGCACCACAGAUGAAACUCUUGAUAAAUCUGUCAUUCUUCAGAGAAGCAUUGCAGCUAAACUUGCUUUGCAGUUAAAGUCUGCAUGGACGCCAGGAUAUAUGAACCGCAACAGUGUGCAGUGGAGAGGCGAACCAAAUGAACUUAUGCGACAAGGAGCUGCUGAUAUUUCUGGUUUCCAUGCUUAUCCAAUAAAGUGGCCAAUUGGUACCAGUGAUUUAUCCAAGAAGAUCCCCAAAGAAUUACAGAAUUACUAUGUUAAUCAAUUACCCCUCGUUACUAAACAAACUGUUAGACACAACGAUGUGCUAGCAUCUUUACUAGAAGUCAAUGCAAAAGAAGUAACUGCUCAACAGGAACUGGAAAACGAAUUAAGCAAGGCUGCUUUAACAUCACGUAUUUCAGAGCAGGAAUACUAUGAGAAGAAGCGGCAAAGAAUUAAGAAACGUUUGGCAGACCAUAUUCGCCAAAAUAUAGAACAUCAAAAUAUUAGAAUUGAUUCACAGUCUUCUGAAGACCUAAAAGAAGUGAUCAAAGCUAUAGCAGCUUCAGACGUACCAAAACUGAAAGGUUCUCGUUUCACCCACACCGAGAAGCUACAAUUCACUAAAGAAGAUGAAAAAAUUGCUCAAAUUAGUGAAGCAGCGACUAAAACUUCAGAAGAUUCAGAGGAAGAGCAGAAAUUGAAACGUGAAGAGGAGAUUCAGGCAUUGAACGAAGAAUUAAAUGACCAUCGUUCCAAGGCAGAACAAACUGAUAUAGAAAUGAAGAAGUUUGUUGCUGGGAAGCAGAAAAUGAUGGAGGAAAUUGAGUUAACCAAGAGGAAAAAUGCCGAGAAAGAAGAAAAAUACCACGUGAAGAAAAGAACACUUGAUUUACUCCCAGAUGCUGAAAACAACAUAAAAAUGUUGAAGUCAGUCGUUGACAACAGUGCUCAAAGAUUGGUUAGCUUGGCCACCCAAUGGGAGUCACACAGAGUACCACUUAUCGAAGAGUACCGCACACUGAAAGAACUCAGUUCUUUGAGAGAGUUUGAAGCUGAAAAGAAAUUAGAAGAAAUAAAGACAUUCCGAGAAAAGAUGAAGGAGAUAGCUGCUGAAACCCGGUCAAAAGAUGAACUUUGCAAACAAUUGGUCAAUGAAUAUGAGAAAAUGACAAAAGAUGUCAACCGGUCUUCUUACACACGCCGUAUUAUUGAGAUUGUCUCAAAUAUCAAAAAGCAAAAUGCUGAAAUCGAUAAAGUUCUCAUAGAUACUAAAGCUUUGCAGAAAGAAAUCAACUUCCUCACUGGUAAACUUGAUCGUACCUUCACUGUAACCGAUGAACUUGUCUUCAAGGAUGCGAAAAAGGACGAGUCAGUGAGAAAAUCUUACAAACAUUUGGCUGCUUUACAUGAGAAUUGUGAAGCACUAAUUACAACCAUACAAGAUACAGGUGUAAUAAUGCGAGAAAUUCGAGAUUUAGAAGACCAAAUUGAGAAUGAAUGCCAAAAAUCUGUUAAAACUAACAUGGAAAAGAUUACAAACGACUAUCAACAAAUGAAGAAAGAAAAUGCUGCGUUGAUGGCAAAACUAAAAGAAAAAUCUUAACUGAUCUUAAAUGAGGGGGGGAAACUAAACGAAUAAAAUUUAUUUCCUAAUAUUCCAGAUAUUGAUUAAUAAGG